AUGGCAGACCGCGCUGUGUCUGAGGACAUCGCCAUAGAGCACCUACGAGAGCUCGUGUCCCCCGCCUUCCUCGACAAUGACACCACCGCAAUGCACAUCCGCGCCAGUGCCCUCGUAGCGCGUCUCAAGGCUCUCAACCGCAAUGCCAAUGCUGCCACCCGUGCACACAAGCAGGCCACCGCAGAGGCAAGGCAUGAGAUGGACCAGACACAUUUGGGCCUGCAGAACUUGCUGUAUGAGAAGAGACAUCUUGAGAGAGAGAUAGACAAGUGUCGACAGUUCGCUUCAAUUUACCAAGAUGUACCGUUAUAUUCCUUAGAUGAAUUCAAACAACUCGCACCGCUAGAAGCCCGUGGAGACGAUGUCCUCAAUAAUCCACACCAACUCAUGCUCAAUCGGCUUAGCUUCGAAUUGGCAGAGAGACAGCGACUCGACUUUAAGAAAAAAGAAUUGGCGACUCAAAAAGAGGAGCUCCUCAAACAAAGUAAAUCCAAACUCGCGACCAUGGACAGUGUAAAAUCCCAGAUAGAUAUAUUAAUGAAGGCGGCAGCUGAUAUUCAGAAAAGAGUUGACGAGCUUGUACCACCAAUACCUCCAUCCAACAGAAAUACGCCCAUACCAGGCUAAAAAGUAUCUUAACUUACAGACCAUCUCUUGUAUUUGUAUUCUUCUACUUCCGACUCAUCACUCCAUAUCAACUUUGCCUAAUUUUUCAUGUUACAAGCACUAUCAGUAGUACAAUGAGUGUGGGCACUACAAAAUCCCUAAAUAAGAGUACAAA